AUGGCGUCGUCUGCGGCUGCCACUCCCGAUACCCCGAUCACGCUGAAGAUCAGCUUCGCGGGUGUUACACGCCGGUACAAGCUGCCUCUGCGUGAGCUUGUCGCCACGACCCUUGAGCACAAGCUGCGAGGAUUCCUCCACAUUCAGGAAGACACGCAGAUCUUGAUUGAGCGCUACUCGGAUUCUGCUGCUACCUAUGUUGUCCUCGAUUCGACAAACCCGGCCGUUUACAAGCAGCUCUUCCGGGCGGCUAAAGCAAAGCAGAAGCUCAAGCUCAGAGUACUUGCCAUGACCGACAGCAACCCUUCCGCUAGUCCAAAGCCUGUCACUGUGGAGGAUGAAGCCGAAUCAUCUGAACAGAAGGAGGAACUUCUUGCAUCAUCAAAGGAGGAGACGCCUGCCUCGAUAACCACCUCUGCAAUCGUCAGCGUGGUAUCCCAAUCGCAGACGCCAGGCAAUGAGGAUAAGCGGGCUCGUAGCAUGACAUCGUCAUCUUUGGACAAGUUCCUUCCCGUCGACAUCCUUGAGCAAAAGAGCGACCCAGUCUCGAUCCAAGCUCCGAUUCUGGACGUCCCGGCUACAGAGACUUCUAAGUGCCCAUGCCCGCCCUUCUCGUCCAGCCUUCUCCGCCGCCCUUUCACUGUCUGCUGCAACAGCUGUGACCGAGUAGUGCCUGACGCACAUUUCCACUGCUCCACGUGCGACGAUGGCGACUUCGAUCUCUGCCAGGAUUGUGUGAACCAGGGCAUCUCGUGCUACAAUGAUCAGCACUGGCUCAUCAAGCGCACUAUUAUGGACGAUCAAAUCACUUACAGUACCACUCAUGUCGCCCCAAAGACCAAGCCCAUCACCUCGUCAAACAAGCCAUUGUUCACUCCUGUAGCCCCGCCUCAGGCUCCAUUCCCAGUCUCUCUACCGAUCCGCCCUCUCGAGCCUGUGUCGGACGCUCUCCCGUCUCUGCAGCCCAAGGCAGAACGUAGCUCAAACUUUGUUCCUCUCUACACGGCCCGCACUUGCAACAGCUGUGUGCAAGAGUUCCCCGAGAAAGAGUUCCUCCACUGCCUGAUCUGCGAGGACUUUGAUCUUUGCAAGAGCUGCUUCACCAGGGACCAGCAUGGUCACCAUCCCAAGCAUGCCUUUACCGCUGCUGUCAAGGGUACCUCAUUCGAUGCUUCGAUUACAGCACGUCUCAAUGCCGGUCGCAAUGCCCGCCACAAUGCCAUAUGUGACGGCUGCAACCACUAUAUUCGUGGUGUUCGCCACAAGUGCUUGGACUGCCCUGAUUGGGACUACUGCUCGGAUUGCGCGCAAAAUGCCGGUUUCGUUCAUCCCAACCACCGCUUCGCUCCGAUCUAUGAGCCCCUUCCCGAACCUCACCGCGUGACAAGCCAAUGGGUUCAUAAUGGAAUCUGCUGCGACGGUCCUCUGUGCACCUCUUCGCAGUCUGGCUCUACUUAUAUCGUUGGCGUUCGCUACAAGUGUGCCGUCUGUCACGACACGGACUUCUGUGCCAGUUGCGAGGCAAGCCCGGCCAACACUCACAACAAGACACACCCCCUCAUCAAGUUCAAGACCCCUGUCAGGCAUGUUAAUGUUACAACCACAGGUGAACAUCAAGAUGGCAAGCGCCUUCCAGUGAUGGGAGACCGAAAUGUCUCUAUCCCCAGACGCACCAGUAACCGCUCUACCGAAACCGUCCCUUCGCCAAGUGAGAAGAAUAUCGCUGUGAACCCUGUUCAGACUGUGGUUGAUGUCAAGCCUACUGAGGCUCAAAAGGAGGUGAUCAAGACGGAGGUUACUGAGAAGGAACCCGUCAAGGUCGAGGAAGCUCCUGUUGCAGAGAAGCAGCAGUCUCCUGAAGCUCCCGAGCCUGAUCUGAUUGCAGUCUUCAGACACGACACAAUCGAGGAUGGUACCAUCAUGCCUCCGAAUCACACGUUUGAGCAAACGUGGGUUUUGCGUAACGAGGGCAAGGUCGCCUGGCCGGCAGGAUGCUCCGUCAAGUUUGUCGGCGGUGAUUACAUGGGUGCCAUUGACCCUACCCGUCCUACUGGGGUCCGCGAGUUGAUUUCGGCAUCCGAGUCCACUGUCUGCUACAACCAGCUUCAGCCUGGCCAGGAGUUCCCCUUCACAGUCCUGAUGCGCACCCCCGAGCGCGAUGGAAAGGUCAUUUCCUAUUGGCGACUCACCACCCGUGAUGGAGUUAAAUAUGGACACAAGCUUUGGUGCGAUGUGACCGUCCAGACUCCACAGGAUGCUCCCCAAGAAAUCAAGGAGGAGCCCAAGGAAGAGGAAUCUCUCCUCGAUGCCAAAGUACCUGAGAUGACCAAGAGCCAAAUGAUCCUUCCGAAGCUUGACCACGAGUCCCCUGACUCGAGUGUCCUUGUUCCAAAGGCCGAGAGCGAAUUGGAUGUCGUGACUGAAUCCGAUACAGCAACUCACGGCGACGAGUUUGACGAGUAUGUUCACGACCUCCAGGAUGAGGAGUGGGUUGAGGAGUCGGAAGAUGGAUAUAUGACCGAUGAGGAGUAUGAGAUUCUUGAUGCCUCUGAUGAGGAAUACCUCUAUGAGCAGCAAAGGGCCUCCAGGAAGUGA